AUGUACCACGACCUUGCUCCACGCGUGGAUGAAAGAGUCUUGCAACGUGUGGCUCGCCAGCAGGGCUACGUAGGACCCAACAGAUUGGAUUCCCUCCAACAACAACAACAACAACAACGAGAAGAACAAACAGAGAGAUGGGAAGAAGAAGUAAAUAAAAGUAAUGAUCUUCCACUUCAUCUAGCCUCCACACCAGAGGAUGUACUGCGUGCCUACCCGCCUCCUCCAGCAAACUUUACAGGAGAAAAGGAUACGGCGAAACGUUCUUCUCUUGUUCAAGAGGAAGAGAUUGGAAAGGCAUCACACAAGCGACCACGAAGUGUCAAUGAGACUCAUAGCCCUAACACCACAACAACAGCAGCAACAAUAACGACAACAACUGAUCAGUCGCAAGGUAAUUUAUCAUCUAGUUUUACUCCAUAUAUGCAUUUUGCCCCUUCAUUUGAGCGUACCGAUUACUUGGGCCGAUCCUUCCUGACACCACCGCCGUCUAUGCGGCCACUGGAGCAGGAAUGCCGUCCACCACGUCAAUUAAAAGGCAGUUGGGGUAAACAUACGGCUGGUAUUCAACAACUGCAGUGGGUUCCACCAAUGGGACAUCUUCUCUUUGCCGCUGAUCUCAAAGGUGAGGUGCGGCUACAUGAUGCUAUGGCAUCCCGUAAGUGUAUUGCCACCUUUGUGGCUCACACACAACCAGUGAAAUCAUUGGAAGUAACACCAGAUGCAACUACGAUGUCUACAGGUUCUGUAGAUGGCACAGUGGCGAUGUGGGAUGUGGAACGUGGUGUUUGUCGUGGUGUACUGACAAACACAGAAGGACUUUCAUGUGUACAACACUUACAUCACCCAUUUGAUCCCGCCUCUCUCAUUCUUGCAGCGUUAGAUCGAAAAGUAGUCUUGUAUGAUGUACGUGUGAGUCAACAACGAUACCAGCGGGAAUACACUGGUCAUAUGGGUACUAUUUUUAAUCUUACCUUGUUGAGUGGUGGUAAAAAAUUGCUAACUACAGCAGAGGAUAAGACGUUACGUACAUGGGAUUUCCGAGUUCCUGUUCAAAUUAAACAAAUAGCAGAUGUUUCUAUGCACGCCAUCACACACGUGGUGCGUCAUCCAACAGAGGAUAUGCUGGUAGCACAAUCACUAAAUAAUCAGGCUCUUGUUUUUGCGGAUAGUGGCGGUGGUCAAGUACGGUUACUGCGAAAUCGUGUAUUCAGUGGUCAUACCAUCUCUGGUACACGGUGUCAACUAGCCUUUAGUCCAGAUGGACGUUAUCUGUCAAGUGGUGAUAUUCAUGGUAAACUAUUUAUUUGGUCGUGGGCUACAGCAGAGUUGGUGCGUUCCUUUGCAGCACACACACAGAUGUUGGCAUCACACAGAUGGCAUCCCGUGGAACCAUCACGCGUUGUCACUUCUGCGUGGGAUGGAACCAUAAAAAAUUGGAGUUGA